AUGGAGGUCGUGGACUAUGACCCAGAACUGCCGGCGAUCAAAUUUUCCGAUGAGAGCUGGGAGGUGGCCGACUGGGUAGUGGCGUGUGAUGGCGUCAAGAGCAAAGCCGUAAGAAUUGUCAGCGGGGGAGAAACCCCACCCAAAGCAACUGGGAUGUCGGCCUUUAGCAUGGUGAUUCCGGAUGAAAAGAUGGCCAGUGUCAAGGAGAUGUUCAAAGAGAACAAUCUAAUCCGCGAGAAGUUCAACAAGGACAACGGUACAGUUUGGUUUAUCCGCGGAGGGGACAGGCGACUUGUCGUGUGGUGGACAUGUCGGUUUGGCAAGAUUCAAGCGUUCGACAUGCUCAUGCCGGACAAUGAAAAAUAUGCCAGCAACGAGGAGUGGACAGCCAGAUGCGAUAAAGUGUGUUCAAGAGUGCCUCCGGACACUCUCCACAAAGGCAAACUGUGCAUGCUCGGGGACGCAUUGCAUCCGACGCCUCCUUUCCGAGCUCAAGGAGGCAGCCAAUCUAUCGAAGAUGCCGGGGCGCUUGAGAGGAUCGCCACCAACAUCGUCGACAAGUCAGACCUGCCGAGACGGCUGGAAAUGUUGGAUAGAUUGAGAGUCUCGAGGUAUCCCUGUGCCCAGAUGAUCUCAUCAGUCCGUCAGGACGACCUGAACUUGGACGAACGCUAUAUUGAGGUGCCCAGCCAAUGCCGAAAAUGGUUUUGA